AUGAGCAGUGACGAAGAAGAACUCGAAAUUUCAGAUGAUUAUUACUAUUCCGACGAUUACGAUGAUGAUGAUUCCUUCGAUGAUUUUGGUGACGAAGAAGAAGAAGAAGAAGAGGAGGAGGAGGAUUUAGCACAACAACCGAUCCAUUUUCGUGAAUGUCUCCGUUUACUUGAUGCAGCAUUAACAUCGAAUAAUCCACCUAUUCUCCCACGAUGGUGUACAAGUGAACAUAUUAAUAUACUCGAAGAUCCAAUGCUGCUAAUUGACGGUGACGAAAAAUGUCUUUCAUUGCCUAUGAAUAAGAAAGAAGUUCGACGGUUUAUACGACGUGCUGAACCAUUAGAUAUGAACAUUGAUAUUGUUGAUGGAAUUUCUUUUCCACCAUCUGCUCAUCAGAUACCAACAGAUGCAUUCAGUAUCCUCAACCAACGUUGGUCAACCAAAAUUGAACCCUAUCUAAAACGCACAUGCAUCGGACCAGCACUUCAACUCGAUCACAAUCAACUCGAUAUCAAAGUUUCCAACUUAUUUUUACUUGAACCAUGUCAGUUUCCACGACAGUUUCAUUGGUCUGCAGAACAACAGCAUUCCGGCACAAUAGCUAAACUAUUUCUCAGUUUACCAUCGAUUUACAAAGGUGGAAAAGAAACACUCAUACACUAUAAGGAAAAGCACGUUUUCGAAAUGUCAUCAAACACCUAUACAAUUGUUCCGAUGAGUAGUGAAUGCAAACAUGAAAUUGAUUUUAUAUCACAUGGAUAUAAAUUAGUAUUAGUCUAUGAUAUUAUUCCGAUGACGCCCACGAUCUUUUACAACGUUGAUAUUAACGAAGCAACGUUGACACGUGUUGGACGAGUGUUAGAAACAUGGAUGAAUGGAUUAGAACAUGAAUAUCAUGGUUAUUCCUCAAAAAUUAUUAUACCAUUUUCUGAUACGUUUCAUGUUGGUCAUAAUCCACUUCUACAUGGUAUCGAUCGAGUUAUUGGAACUGUUCUUCGACGAACGAUUGAACAUCACUACUCCGAACAUUUUCUACUCUAUCAAGGUCUUAUUCAACCAAAUCGAUCGAAUGAUGGUACCGCACACGCCUGUCGUUUACUGACAGAUUUAAAACUGAUGAGCAAUAAUAAUAGCAACAUGUCGACGACGCUUUUUAAUCAAAUUGAUUUAUGUCUGGGAAAUUGCAAUGAAACUUAUUCCGGUAAUGUCUUUGUCAGAAAAGCACGUUCUGAACAAGGACAGUUGGUUUCCUUGGAGCAAUUUUCUGUACCAAUUUGGUGUCUUGUUCCUAUGAGUGAAAAAUACAAUCUAUUGAUUGACAACAUUCCACGUGUUCUAUCUCAUCUCGAACAGAAUCUUCUUCCUCAUCAUCAACAUCAUCAAACAGAAAUUUUUUUACUUAUUGAUUGGUUAUUAACAACUACGAAGAAGAUCAAUUUCAAUACGAAAUCACUUCUUCACCAUUUACUUCGUCUUUCGACAGAUCCAACGAUAACACAUCAUUUUAGUAUGAUUAUUCGACAACUACUGGAACACAAAAAGUUUCACGAUCAAUUCUUUCCAAUGAUCCUCAAACAAGAAUAUGACGAUAUCGUUUAUCUUCUAAAUUAUUCUAAAGACGACAAAAUUCAAUUGUACAUUCAUCGAGUUUUUCAAACUGUUCUUAAACGUCGUUCACGCGAUUCCGAACGAAUUCGGGAUGCCAUUAAAUUCAUCGGUACAUUAUCCACACGAAAUAUUGAUCCAAGCCUUUUGCUUGUUCUCACUCAUGAAUUACUGUCAAACGUAUUGAAGCCAAAUAGUCCGAAACUAUCCAUGACGGAUCUUUCUAACCUCUUGGCACUUUUAUCCAUUUCCAUUGAUUCGUACGAACCAUCAUGCCAAAUCAUUUCUCAGCAAAUCAUUCAACAAAUUAAAAUAACAACAACAGCCAUGACGAUAUCGUCUACAAUUACGAAUCUCUUACGAACAGUUCUUGUGCCAACUCUGAUUCAAAUCUAUCGGCAAUUUGCAGAUACAAAUUAUUUCUAUGGAAAACGAAAACGUGAUUCAACAGUAUACUUUCCUCCGUGGUUUUNCAUUGAUUCGUACGAACCAUCAUGCCAAAUCAUUUCUCAGCAAAUCAUUCAACAAAUUAAAAUAACAACAACAGCCAUGACGAUAUCGUCUACAAUUACGAAUCUCUUACGAACAGUUCUUGUGCCAACUCUGAUUCAAAUCUAUCGGCAAUUUGCAGAUACAAAUUAUUUCUAUGGAAAACGAAAACGUGAUUCAACAGUAUACUUUCCUCCGUGGUUUUUAUCGCUCUAUCGAACGUGUCUUACAUUAUUAAACGCUUAUUGCAAUAGUUCUCCCGCCAUUCCUACUUACGAUAAUCUUUCCAAUGUUUUUCAUACACAUUGUAGUUGUUCAGUUUGCGAACAGUUGUUUGUUUUUCUUCAGAACUCGAAAUUAUUCGAACAAACAUUUCUUAUUCCGAACGAUAAAAUUUAUCAUUUUAAUAUGACUGUAAAUACGUUUACACCGUUAUUUAUUACGACAAAACCCAUGACGUCAGAUAAAUGCAAUCAUCAGAUACAUAUUAUGAAAAUGUCUACCUACGACGAAGAAAUAUGGCGUGAAAAUAUUCUUCUUCGCUCAUUAUUAGCUCAUAUUCAAUUAUCGAAUUCCAGUGAAGAUCAAGGUGAAAUGAUGAAAACUAAUAGUAAACGUUUCAAAUCAUCAUCAUUUUGA